AUGGCCUCCUUCCAUUCAGCUCCCCAGACCAACGGUCCCCUUCCCGACCUUCCAAAUGAGAUCCUUCUGCUUGUCGUCCAAAAUUGCUCCCGUGCCACUCUCAAAAAUGUGCGAUUGGCCUCCAAAAGCCUGGCUCAAAUGGCCGACCCAUAUCUGUGGCGCAAAGUCGUGCUGGUCCCAAAUGAACAUUGCAUCCUCGGCUUCAUCAAAGCACUGAAACGCUCCAAGGUCACUCAGCUCAUCACGAAAGUAAAAUACGACGCCCGUUUUGGUUCUUUCUUCGGCCAUAUCAAGAAAUACGGGUCGAAUGCUGCACGGCCUCCAAUGUCCGACGAGGAAAAGGCUCGUGCAGAGGCAUUGCUGGACCGUGCCGCCCAAGGUCGUUUUCAGCCUUACGAGGAUAUGGCCAUCGAGGUCGCGAUGCUCACCAGAGCAUUGAAGCUACUGCCCAACCUGCGCGAUGUCCGUGUCCGAGACUGUGACGACGGAACUAGAAUUGCCUUCGCCAAAAUCCCAUACUUCUAUCAACACAUUUGCAAAUCCAUAAAGGUCGAUCCAGAAAUCGUCAACUUCAAACUCAUGGCGGGCGGCUCUGGGAGGUCUUUCUCAAAGGGCAUCCUCACAGCCGCCUAUUCCGCGGGCUGUCGGUUACAGGGCUUCAAGAUGACAAAUCUAGACGGUCGUGCCUUGUUCGGCGUGGUGCCCAUGAAGUCCUCUGCAGCACACCAGCAAUUGAGGAUCUUCCAGGCCAUGAUGGAGAAUCUCCGGUUCCUUGACCUUUCUUUCCGCAAUGAUACUCUAAUGACUACUGCCAACCACGUCGAUGCAGUCCAGGCUCUACUAAAAUCUGCAAAGAAGCUCAGAACCCUUAGGUUACGCUUGACCGAUUGCUCUGUGACACAUCAUCAGUACGCGGACGACGAGUUACUGUCAGAUCUAGGUGGCCUCUUGGAAACCCCCACAGGAAGCUGGAUAUCUCGACCGCUCUUGCCUCGACUCGAGGCCUUGAUGAUUGAGGCGUGUAUUUGCCAUGACGAAGAUUUGAUGCACUUCUUGAAGAUCCAUGCUUCUACUCUGCGUCGUCUGGAACUCUCCAACAUCACGCUCCUGGGGAGCGAAGACCGUCGAGAAUGUUGGGUCAAGCUGAUCAAAAACAUCAAGACGGAUUUGAAGCUCACCUCGGUAUCCUUCAGUGGUUGGUUCAGUAACGGUGGACGUCAACAAUGGUUUGUGGCCAAAGACAGCGUAUGCGUGGACAGGUUAAAAGCUCGGGUGGAACGUUAUGUCGUGGACAAUCGCAUCCGGGAGUGUCCUCUGGAACCCAUCGCCAUCAAACCCAACCAAAGUGAUGUUGCCAAGCCGGCAAACGGUGAGGAAUACGAAGGCGACAUGACAUGGGCGAUGGUGUAUUCAAAUCGCCUUGGUGACGAGAUGGAUUGGACAUUGACCGAGCCGUCCUUCAGCAUUUCUUCGGCCGGAGGUUCCGAGGUUUCCUCGGCCUCUGGCGACACUAACUCCCCAAUAAAUCAGGGUACUGCGCAUUGGGAAGACCCUGAGGAGCCGAUAAAGGUACUGGGCAACGCCGACAAUGCCAUUGACGUUGACAUGGUCUUCAAUUUCUCAACCAUCAACAAGACCAAGCCCAAGCCACCUACCGUCCACCACCCGUUUCCGAGCUCACUGUCGACAUCAAGCUCAACGAUGUAUCACCCCAAGUCGAUUAGCAUUCCCGGAAAGCUUACAAGCGCAAGUACCAGCACGAGCAAAUGGUGA